GGUCAGAAUCUCUGGGCAAAGUAGAUAAAUCAUGCCAGAGGAGUCAUGGCAUAGGCCUAUUGCCGUUCAACAUCCUCGUUGCAAAUGAUCCAGAUGAUCCACUCAAUGAAUGUUUCACGUCCGCCUUGUUUUUGGUGCUUGUAGUGUUUUCUUUUUCAUCCCUAUCUAAAGUCUCCUGUCAAGAUGGAAAUCAAACUGUCGGCCCGACGGAUCGGUGACAAAACGCAGAUUUUAGUCUCCUCUUCUAGUGGGGAGGAAGGCGAGCAGGAGAGAAGAAGUACAGAAAGUUCAACAGCGGUAGGAACAAGUGGAGGUGGUGCAGGGACCUCUUCUACGACAUCAUCUUCAACCACGGCAAACAGUUCUUCCGCGGCAAGUUCCUCGUCAAGUAGCUCUUCAAGUAGCGAGAAGGACGUCGAAAGUUGUAACUACAUCGGAAAAAAAAUGACCCUGGACACAACGACAGGGACAGCGAGAUCCACGAGUGGAAUGAGCCGACCGCCCCAGGCAGAGGGGGAGCAGCAGCCACAUAAUGGUUUCAGUUCUACUGCUUUCAGUUCUACUGUUGACGCUGCAAGUACUAGCGAGCCUUCGAGUCUCCACGAAUCUUGGCAGGUGGAAGUGGACGACGCGAAAUCGUUUCAGCCAAAUUACGGUGGUUAUGCUCUGCAAAAGUAUCGCACUCGUACUAAUUGCAAUCAUGCAUGACAAAUCCUGUUUCGUAGCCAAAUCAGCAUUACAAACUACAUUUCUCCUUCUGAGAAAAUUUGUAUUGCGAUUUAUACUAGCGCGAUGCUUUUGCAAUGCAUAGUGGUACAGCUUCUACAAAUAGGUGGACAUCACCUACUUCUGCGCAGAAGUUCGCUGGAGCAGGAACAGUAGAUUACAAUGAGAACCAAAACGCGAAUCAAAUGAUCACUUCCUACACCGGGCACUUUCAGUCCUAUUCCAUGGAUCCAGACUUGAUUCUGGAAGAACAGCUUGCCCGGCAGUUACUCUGCUCCAGCAUUUGUUGUUUCCCGCUGUUUUACUUCUUGCCCGCAAACUGGAAUCCGGCGCACUUGGUGAUGAUGGGCAAUGCGAGUGCAACUAGCAGCUCUACCACUGCAGUGGCGUCUUCAGGAGCAUCGAAAGCAGGAACAACGACGAUGAUGUUCUUCGCGAAACCCCCGCCUCCGAUAGUUCCGGGCCACCAGACUCCGCGGUCCGGGCUGGUGAGCAUUUUUACCAUUCUGAGUUUUCACUUUCACACCAUCACCCGCGCCUUUUACGACGUGUUGAAACACAACUACUGCAACGGCUGUCGCACACUCUGCCUGAACGCGAUCGGCGCGGGUUGUCAAGCUCCGUUCUUGAACAACCACGACAACGGCCGGUUUAACACCAACGCGAUGUCGAGUCUGAACCAAGACCCCACCGCGCUUAUCUACGCGAACGCGUUUGCCUUCGGGUUCUGCGGUUUCGUCCACAUUCUGUUCCUCACCGUGGCGUUGCAGAUCGGGCCGCUGGUGUACGGACCGAGUCAAAGUAUUUUGCCGUCCUACUACAUCGUGUUUGCGAUUUUUUCCUGGGUGUUCUGGACCAAGGCCAUGCUGGACGUCUAUUUCGUCGACUUUGACCUGUACGCCUUCGCGUUUCGAACAUCGAAGAAAGCUGCGAACUCGAUUUGCUGUCGAAAGUGCGCCGGGGAAAUGAGAAGGAAAAACUUGUUCACAACUUCUGGUGCUUAUUUCGGUAUCAACUGUAAAAAUGUCUGGGUCUGGAAAAGUGCAACGUUUGUCAUGCACGUGUUGCAUGACGCGUGAGGUCUGUGAUGCAUGCCCUAGCAUCACAGAUUAUGUGAGAUCUUUACCAUGCCUUUUCCGCAUGAGAAACAGCCUCUCGGCCUUCUCAAAAGUGAACAGCUUUAUUGGCAAUCAUGCAACACAGCUUUUUGUAUGAUUCAGAUUUGGCAUGACAAGUUGCACUUUUCCAGACCCAGACAUAUUUGCAAUGCAUAUUCGGGGGUAAAGAAAUUGCUGAAGACGAGCAAGAUGUUGACCCUAUCGCUGACCUGUUAUGCAGUGCAAAAGUACCGUACUCGUACUAAUUUUUGCGUUUAUGCAUUACAAAUCUCUUUGUUAAGGCAAAUCUGCAUUACAAAUUUAAUUUGUAAUGCUAAGUCAAUUUGUAAUGCAAUUUAUACUAGGACGAUACUACUUUUGCAGUUCAUAUCUGUAUGAUGAUGGCGAAACGGACAACACAGUAAAAAUGGACCAGCACGUGCCCAUUUUGGUCCGAGAAAAUAAACGGGUGGAGUACUACGGCAAUCCUUCUAGUGACGAGGCAACUACUUCUGUAGGAACAACAUCAAACGCCGCUAGUAGUGGACACAACUACUACGGCGGGCCCUCGACCAUGGGAAGCAGAUCUGCUUCGCGGUAUCGCUACGUCAUUGGGGAGCCGGUGCAAGCGUCGAGCCAGCAAAAUAAGACCUACAACAACUUCUACGCGGGCGCCGCUGCAGGAGACUUCUCGAAUGGAACUGGAGUUGACGGAUCGGAAUUGACUGAAGAGCAGCUUCGCAGCAUCGGUCUAGUCAGGUUCCAGCAUCACAACAGAAAUUCGCAAAACGGUACAGCAGGAGCUACAUCGAAGUCGCAAAAACAAUACCUCCUCCACAACUGCCUCCACCUGCACGGUGCGGCACGGAUUUGUUUUGGCUUUGUCCUGUUCUGGCCGCUGCUGUUUGCUUCGAUUUUUUCCGCCAGCUUCGGGAAUCCGGGCUACGAGCCGGAACACUCUUACCCGUGGAACAUCGACCCGUUUCAGAAAGAGAGUUUUCGGUACAAGUAUGCAUUACAAAAGUAUCGUACUAUCCCGGAAAUCGCAUUACAAAUUCGCUCAGUAUGACAAAUGGAAUUUCUCAUGCUGAGUUUGCCUAUAGGCCCUAGAUUUGUCACGCAAUAGCAAUACUGCAAUUACUACGGUACUAUACGAUACUUUUGCAGAGGAUAACAAGGGGAAUUUUGCCGUGGACAAAACCAACGGGGACAGCGUGAUCGGACAGUACGGGUUGUACUUUUCCGACCCGAAGAAGUACCGGUCCAUUCUGAACGAGUUCUGGAGACACGAGUUGACCAAUUACGAAAAAGAGUACAUGACGGGCAUACCGUUAGUACUUGCGGAUAAAAAUAGUGGCGCGACGACGUCCAGUGGAAAUAAAAUUUCUCCUGCCGCCCUGGCGGAGAAUACGAAGAAGGUGGAUCACAUGGUCGCUUUUGACUUCGAAUUUUGUCCGUCCUCUCACAUCUGGAAGCCGUAUUUCCACUCGCAGAAGGUGCACCACUGCAGGAUUUGUCAACAUUGCACCUUUCACUUCGACCACCACUGCCCUUUCAUCGGGAAUUGCGUUGGGGGCAUGAACUUCAAGGCGUUUUCCUUGUUCAUCUUCUUCGCCUUUGUUUGGGGACUGUACGCCAUCUGGACGCUGGCCUGCGAAACUAUGGUGUUUACCCUGGGCAUGAACCCCUUGAGUGACCUGGAAUACGAGUUGCAUUUGUCCUACAGUUAUGCAAUACAAAUUUGCUGUACAUGUACAAAAUGCAUCACAAAUUUAUUCACCAACUUCGAGCGUGCCACUUGUCAUGCUGAACAGAAUUAAAAGAAAGCCUUGUCAUGCAGAAACCGCAUGUGCACAUGUACAGGAAAUUUACUGUGGAUAACAGUGACACGAGGAACAGUAGAAGUUCCUCGGCGCGCGCGGGGGGGAGAAUAACGGGGGUGAUGAGCAGCAUAACAGGCGGAGCCGAUGACAACCACGAUAGUACGGCGUUAAACUACUACCCAACAAGUGAUCGUUUGGAAACGUUGCAUGAGUUUCACCAGCAGGUUUUACACGCGGAAGCAGAGAAGGAAAAACAUCAACUACAGGCGGGACACUGGAGUGGCGCAGCCGCUUCUACCGCUACCAGCGAACGUCGCGCUCCUGCAGAUCAUGUCCAGCUCUGCGGCCUGCCAAAACCGGUACCCCGCUACGUCUUCCCGAAAAAAUUUCGGUGGUUCUUUGACGUUUUUCUCCAGUCGCCGUACCAGCCGCACUAUGCAUUGCAAAAGUAUCGUACUAGUAUAAAUCGCAUGACAAAUUUUAUCAGGAAGAAAGUUGGAAUUUGUAAUGCAGAUUUGGGUAGGAAACCAGAUUUGUCAUGCAUACCUGCAAUUCAAACGAGUGCGAUACUUUUGCAGUGGAUACGCACCGAAGACGGGAAUACACCGCUCGGGUGGUGGAGGUAAAUAAAAAUGCAAGUCGAACUUCUUCAUCAUCGCACCACCAAGAAGCGUAUGCACUGCAAGAAAUAUGUCUGGGUCUGGAAAAGCGCAAAUUGUGUUGCAUGUUCUACACUCUUGAAAAAUCUGUAUUGCUUAGCCAGCAAAGGCGCCAGUUUUUCGUCAUGCAAGAACGCAGUUUGUCAUGCGUGCUACGCAUCUUCAGACGAUGUCAAGUAAACUUGUCAUGCGUGGCUACACUUGAGUGCGCCAGACUUAUCCAUACUCUAGCAUCACAAGUUCUUUCCAGACCCAGAAAUAAUUGCAAUUUAUAAAGCGGAGCGCAUCGAAACGGACUACAAUCCGCCGAAGUCCGUCCUUAUCCUUUGUAAAAGCAUCGUGCAUCGCAGUCAUGCAAGACAAGUUUCUUUUUCAAGCUAACUCAGCAUGACAAAUUCCAUUUGUCAUGCUAAAGCGAAUUUGUGUUGCAGUACUGCGAGUACGAUAAUUUUGCACUGCAUAGUCCUGUCCGCGUCUUUUUCCUUUAAUUCGGUGUUCAAAAUCCGGACGGGCUUCCACCUUUUCGCCUCCAUAAUGUUCAUUCUGUGGUGGGUAUUGUGAGGAAAAAUCCACCCUACCCAUACCAAAAAGGGGCACUACUGAAAAUUUGCAAUGCUGAUUUGUGACCACAAAUCGUCCAUGUAUUGCAAGAGGGCAAAGACAGAGAAUCAGCCGCGUUUGGCAGGCACUUUGUAAUGCUGUAUCGCCUACAGAGGAUAUGCCUGCCUUGCUAGGCGCCUACAGCAAAGCGCCCCUACUCAGGCGCUGCAUCUGCCUGCAGUCCUCUACUGCUAGACAGAUUGGAUUUGUGUACACAAAUCCCGCAUCACAGAUUUCCGUAAGCGAUAAUGGACAAUGGCAAUGGCAAUGUCGGUGCGGUUGUUUUAGCAUCACAGAUUUCCGUUUUGAUGUGGGGAGGGGGGAUUUUUCAUUCUGAUAAUGGGGCUUGAUGGUUUUGUUCCCGGGGAUGAUGAUCUUUGCGCAAGCUCCCAAAUUCGGCAUCAACUGGCCGUUGGCGCUGGCGGGACUGGCUGAACCGAGUGAGGAGCUGCUGAAUGCCUUCGGAUAUGCUCUGCAAAAGUAUCGUACUCGUAUUGCAAUCAUGCAUCACAAAUCUUUUCCUUGAGGUAGGUCAGCAUUACAAAUUUUAUUUCUCAUGCUGAGGACAUUUGUAAUGCAUUUAUACGAGUGCGAUACUUUUGCAAUGCAUAUCGGCGUGAAGAACAACCUUUCCGGGAAUAAAAACCAGUCGAAGUUUUGUCUCUACUUUGCCACCUCUGAUUGCAUGGCGUACGGGACCCGAUCGGUCCAGGAAUACGCCUGGCUGAAAGCGGGGCGGACGGAAGAAGAGCUGAUGCGUUUCAACGAACAGCAUGGAGGUCUUCGGCACGACGACCAAAAUGCGGAACAAGUAGAGAGUAGUAAGCAGGACGAUUCUGGUACAACUACACCAGUGGAAGACGAUCUGUCCCUCAGUGGUCCCGUACCGAACAAGCCCGUCGUGAAAGACUACUCGAAACUGCAGAAUAAGUUGCAACUGCCGGUCGAGGGCUUGACGGAUGGUAACAAAAACAAGUUUGCGGAAAGUGCGCAGACGGAACUGGUCAGAAACGCAAACUCCAACGGGAUGAGAAUCGGAGGGGGGGCUGGUACCGGCGUGGAUACGGACUGUUUUCGGUGAUCAGGACGACCCGAGGGAGUAAGUCGCAGGAUGUUUUUAGAAACAAGAGAAGUUGUACGUGGUAAAGUGAAGAAAUGGAAUCACGAUCACGAACCAGCAUACUUUUUUACUUUUGUAGCUUUUUCACAAAACAAAACCCUAACUUCUAGAAUGACACUCCUACUAGUGAGGAGGGCACAUAAUGCUAAAAAUACCAGCAGUUUUAUUCGUGAGGAAGAUGAAAGGAGCGAAUGAAUUUGACGUAAAGCGAUUUAUUCAUUGUAAAAUACUCAACAUUGUGAUUGUACACAACUUGAAAUUGAAAUUGAAUCAAUCACGGAAUCGAUAUCGCCUCGUGGAGGCAGCACAAUGAUCAUGUACUUUUGUGGCCAUUCUAUGUAUUGCGCUCGGUGCUACUUGAUUCGUAGAAACAAUUGUAAAAUUAAAAUUUCGACGCCGACGGCUUCUCGAGAAACGAAAUUUGUACAGAGUGAAGGUUGAUGCUUGUCGUGGACUACCUCAACAUACAUUCUUUCAGUGGUAUCAGGGAC